AUGUAAGAUAAAGCAGAAAUUAUGAUUAAAAAUACAAACAUAAACUACAUAACAACUAUUAAGAAUGAAAGAUUUCGUUAAUUGUAGAAAGAUGAGUAAUAUAACAAUAUUUUUAUUAAUAGCUAGAUGAGAUAAUUUUGCUCAAUCUAUUUUCUUUGA